AUGGCUGGCGAGUUGCUAACGCUCCCAACAUCUAUAGUAUGGGACAGAGGCCGAUCGGAAGUGCGCCUCUUAGGCUCUUCAUCAUCAUCAUCACCACCAGCCUCUGUUAUCAUCAAGGAUAUACGUCAGUUGCUAGGUAGCCCGGCGCAUCUCAACGCAUUACGUUAUGCCGCCGUGUGCUAUGCGCGAGCGUCAGAGUGGCUACAGGUAGAGCCGGCGAUGCAGCGCUCGAUAGCAGAACGAGAGGACAACCCUAUAACGCAUGCUAUAGCGACGACGCCAUCACAACAUGUAUACACGGUUGCUCCUAAGGAUAAGGAAGUGGGCGGACUGCAGCGGGCAGGAGACGUCGCUGCUCUUGCCGUCUUGCUGUCGCGCCUACCUGCCCUGGAGACGCUCGAGAUCCGGACCUUUGACCGGGCUGAAGAUGAAGAGGACGACGAACAACCGGGGUCUCCGGCAUCGGGAGACCCCGUUAUCUCCCUUCUCUGCCGGCAGAUGCUUUCAGUUGAGGGUACCGCCUUCGCACACGUUAGAACGGCUAGGGUCUUUGUACCAAACCCGGACGAUGACCCGGCCGCGGAGUUCGGCUUCUAUAUCAGCAUGGACACUAUACUGCCCCUAUUCUGCCUACCACGGGUACAAGCCCUCGAGCUUCACCGCGUGGAGGAUGGUAGGCGGCAGGUUUCUUGGCCCACUCAGGGAGGGCCUGUCUCCGCGACGCUGCUCAAGGAACUGGUUAUGAGCAGGGCCCAGCUGUCUGAAGCAAAUAUGGACCGACUUAUCCGGGCUUGCCCGAACCUGGAGGUUCUCCGAUGGGAGCACGUCAUCGAUGCCGAGUACGCCCGGUCGUGGCUUGAUUUGGACGCUCUGCGCGGAUCGCUCGAGACCCUGAAGCACUCGCUGGAGUAUCUGUCUUUUAGCGUGACCCUCUGGACAUCUACGGCUAUCGACUGCGGCGAGCGAGGGCCAUGGGGUAUACGGGGCACGCUUGCAUCACUAAGAGGGUUUGUACGACUUAAGCGCGUCACUAUAUCGCUACCUGUGCUGCUUGGGUGGAGGACGGGGAACUCAGCGAGGCUCGCUGACGUGCUCCCCGCUAGCAUCGAACGCGUCACAAUCACCAACGAAAUGUUUUUCUGGUGGCACUGCCGAUGGGACGAUAGCAAGUGGGAGGCGGACGACCCGAGCGUCCCGAGGUGGCAUACUCUCGAGGCCAAGAUCCUGGAGUACCUAGAGACUAGGCCACCGAACUUGAAGCAGCUGAAGGUGGAGGUAUGGACGGCUGGUGAGGAAUCACGGGCCGAGGAGUUGAGGGAUAGGCUGAUAUCGGCCGGGAGGGUAACUGGUGUUCAUGUCACUAUCGAACUAAGGUCAUAG